UGUUCACGUUGCUUAUCAUCCAACCAAUUCAAGUUUAAUAAAGUAAAAUAAUCUUGUAGAUUAUUUGAAUUUCUAGCAUAUAUCUGACUCUCCCGCUUAUCCCUUAUUCUUGAAUUAUUUUUUUUCAAAUCACAAUAUUCUGUAACAAAAUCGUUUCUUCUCUGUUUUUCAUUGACGAUUGCUGCUAGUUUUCCAAGAUCACUUUCGUAAUUAUAGCAGUUGGCUUCGAAAAGAACUAGGUUUAGUUUUACUAGGUUUAUAUCAACAACUUGGGUAGCGUCUCUUAUUUUCUAAAAUUAUAAUUUUAUUAAGAGGACUUGGGUUAUUUGUAAAAUCGAGAAUGGUUCCGAAAAUGGUCCGGGUUAUCCGAAACCCAAUAUAUGAUUGCCCUAUCUAGCUCAUCCCUGAUUGGUAUCAGGGCUAUGCGGAACAUUUUUUCAAGCGAACUUAGGUCUUGUUGGAAUACUGUAAACAUAUGUCGGGCCUCUAUGAGAAUGUUGAUUCCUUCUCCUCCCGUCUUCCGUCUCCUUAACCUACCGUCUCAGAAAUCUCCUGACUAGCUGAUUGCUAAUGGUUAACUGCCUAUCUAAUGUGUCAUCUGAAUCCUGUAUGCUUUACUUUAAUAUAUUUAGAUUUAAGAUGAUAUCCCUUGUAAUGGGACAUUCGGCGUGUCCAUCCCUGGUCCCGCGCUAUGAUAUUUUCUUUACCUCCGUGGAAAAGCCCACACAUCUUUUAUUAAUUUCGUAUUUUAUCUCAAACAGUUCACUAAAUUCCAAUCUUUUAAACCAUAGUAAAACUUUCUCAAAUAUUUCCCCAUCCAACGUCUUUCCAUUCUUCAAAUCCUCUCUUAAUUCUUCCUUCUGUUUUUCAUUUAACCAAGAUGUAUGUAUUUUAAGAAUACUUUCCAAACUUUCUCUCAUUUUUCGUUUUUUAAAUUCGUCUUCAUUUUCUCCAUUAACACUGCUAUAUCUUCGCUUUCUUGAAAGUUGUUGAUCAAUUCCAAUUAAAGAGCUUCUGGUAUCUUUUAACACUUCUCCUUGUCCAUCGCUAAAUAAAAAUUAUUUUAAUCAUCAUUCUAACGCGCACCUUUUUGGGUCUUAAAUCAAAUGUAGGGAGGGUUAGAAAGCUAUAAAUUGAGAGACUUCUCUCGUCUCGUUCAUAUGGUCUACUCAUGUUUACAAAGUAGAGAUAGGCCAAAUCAGGUCAGGCAAAGCCGGGUCAGGCAAAGAUAGGCCCGAACCCUCAUUCGAAAAAUUUUUUGAAAACUCCGACCCGAACUCCUCUCACUUUUCUCUCAACCCUAUACAGUACACUUUCCCUUUAUUUAAAUGGUUUUAC